CAUAUUUAUUCUGGUCUCUGCCGAUCACAAGUCAGAGGACAGCAGCUCUCUCAAAUUGUAUGGCGCCCUUAUUUCCACGCCACGAAUCAAUCGAUUAGAUCUUAUUAUUCAUAUCUUCAUUACGAAUCAAAUUGAUUCCCAGUGCAAUUGCGAUUUGGAAACCUCUAGAAUACAAGAUGAAAAUAUAUAACAACCCGCCUGUUUUUCUGACAGCAACCAACAACUAACUCCCCUCUCUUCUCUUCCCUUUUCUUCAAUCCAAUUCAAUUCCCUGGUUAAGAUUCAGUCCAUAUAGAAGAAAGAGAAGAGAAGAAACCGGAGGAAAUGGCGGGAUCAUCAAGGCAGAGCUUGCCUUCAUGGAUAACUGCAGCAGCAGCAACAACAACCACAACAAGAGUUGAUAUUGAAGGAAUCAACAAAGAAGGUGGUCCUAAAAAUGAGGAAUCAAAAUCAGUUCCAUCAGCCUCAGAUUUUGAUUUAGGUUUUGCUGAGAGAGCUUUCGCUGCCGCUGGUGCCGCUGUUCUUUCCGCCGUCAUUGUUAACCCUCUCGAUGUUGCCAAGACAAGGUUGCAGGCACAGGCAGCUGGAGUUCCUUACCAAGGUCUAUGUGGAACGGCGAGUUUUGAAUCAAAUACGAUGUUUCCUUGUGUGAAAAGUUCAUCGCAUGCAGCUCCUGGCUCGCAACAAUUGUGCGCUUCAGAAUGUAAUCGGUACAAGGGAGCAUUGGAUGUUUUCAAUAAAGUGAUUCGACAGGAAGGUAUUGGAAGGCUAUGGAGAGGCACAAAUGCAAGCUUAGCUUUGGCUGUCCCUACUGUUGGAAUCUACAUGCCUUGUUACGACAUUUUCCGGAAUUCAAUGGAAGAAUUUACAAUUCAGAAUUGCCCAGCCUUGACACCUUAUGUCCCGCUAGUUGCAGGGGCAGUUGCACGCUCAAUAUCUUGUAUUACUUGUUAUCCAGUGGAGCUGGCAAGGACCCGCAUGCAGGCAUUUAAAGAAACACAAGCUGGUGUGAAGCCUUCAGGAGUGUGGAAGACAUUAAUUGAGGUCAUCAAUCCAGUUGGGGGAACAAACAACACUCAAAAGUUACCAGUGCAAAGCUACCGCAUCCUUUGGACUGGACUUGGAGCACAGCUUGCUCGUGAUGUCCCCUUCUCUGCAAUCUGCUGGGCAACCCUUGAGCCUAUCAGGAGACAAAUUCUUGCCCUCUUAGGUGAUGAAGCUGGUGCAUCUCGUGUCCUUGGGGCAAACUUUUCUGCUGGCUUUGUUGCAGGAACCCUUGCAGCAGCUGCUACGUGUCCAUUUGAUGUCGCAAAGACCAGAAGGCAGAUAGAGAAGGAUCCGACUAGGGCAUUAAAUAUGACUACAACACGGACAUUGCUGGAGAUCUGGAGGGAUGGAGGAGUUAAGGGACUGUUUACAGGAGUUGGCCCCCGUGUUGCUCGUGCUGGCCCUUCUGUUGGAAUAGUCGUUUCCUUUUACGAAGUUGUCAAAUACACUUUACAUCACAGAUACCACCAGUUCACAAAAUGAAAGGGGUAAACAUCAGCAUUGGUUCUGUACGUCAAUUGAGAAUGACUCCUACUGGCAAGAAACGUUGGCAAGUGUGAUUGCAUUAUGAGACGUUGACUUGUCUUCAAAAAAAAAAGAGAGAGAUUAGGAAAAGAGUCACUCAGCCCCGCAUUCCAUUGAAACUAUCUCGUGAGCUUUGGCAAACAGGCAAGGAUCUUAGUACUUCAAAAGCAACAGGAUAGACAUGGACAAUAAGAAAUCACCUUCUUGGGGCCUGGGAAUUCCGGGAUAGUUUUUUACUCGCACUGCAAUUUUUUCCUGAAAUGCAAAUAUGUCUUGCUUUAUUUUGUUUUAUUAUAAUCAUUAUUUUCUGUUAUCCUUUUAACGCUUCAAGCCUGAUUUGCAAUUGUAAAAAAAUGGAAUAUGAAAUUGUGCAGA